AGUUCGUUUACAAUUCUUGAUAUAUAAAGAUUUUUUAAAUUUUAACGUGUUUUUUUUUUAAGUUUACGCUUAUUUAUACACAGAAAACUUAUGUGGUCAAUAAAGCAUUUCGAUAAUCAGUAAAUAUUUAUUAGUGAAACUAUUUCAUUAAUAAAUAUCGAUCUGAUAUCUUAAAAUGAGACAUGUUUACUUUUACUUAAUAUUCUUUAAAAUAUAAGUGAUAUGAUUCUUGAAUAUGCCUAAAAUAAUAGAACUAACGAUUGAAAUAGAAGUCCAAAAAGUAUCGUGUCCUGGAGUGUGGCUUUGUCAAGAUGGACGUGUAUCACUCACUGUACUUGCUCUGGGCACAAGUUAUCACACUUGUUUGCUACCACCAGUCUUUCCCCUUUCUUUUAAGGAUAUAUUUUACUUUCGUAAGAGAUUUCAAGAGAGCUGCGCUCUUAACAACAUUUGCUGUUUGUUGAAGGGCGAAACAAUAUAUUGUGAACUAGUGCAAUGGUGUGAUGAUUGUUCCACUGAUGACUGUGUUAUAUUAGCUCAGUAUCUUGGAGCAUUGAAUGAUGUGCUGUUCCCACCGAACAUGUGUUCAGCAGAUGGUGUAGAUCUUCUUAUGAGGAGGUCAAAGGACUUUCCUGGUAUUCUGUCUCCAAAAAUUGAGAUCGCUACAAAAGUCCGAAUAGAUGAAAUAUGGAAUCAACAAGAACAUAAUAUGUUUAAUAAAGGGAAACCAUGCCAUUGCAAUCCACUAUCAGAUGUUGAGAAAACUCGACAGAAACAAGUAUGUCACUCUGCACAAUACCACAGAAUUAAAUGCAAUAAGACAAGAAGAUCUCGAUCCAGAUCGCAGUCUGGUGGAUCGAGAUCAUGCUGUAGUCUGGAUCCUAAGGACAACGUCAACUCAUCAUGUCGAUGCCCAAAUCCCGUAUCCAAAUCCCGUGUAUCGUUGUCUCCGAACGCGUUGCGUCCCUCGCGCCGCGAGUACGCGGUGUACGCACUCACCACUAGUAAAGCUGGCUGGAAAGAACAUGGCUCCCAAAACUUUGGCGUGUUUGAUGAUAAACGAAUCAGUGAACGCGAAACAGAAAUAGCAAACGAGGAUAGACUACAAAAGUUGAUACUUGAAAGUCGAUUUAUUGAGCAAGAAAACGUCAACAGCCACGACACUCAAUACUGCAAGCAAUACACGAAAGUGACUCCCUGCGUUUGUGAAAUUUGCAAGAGAUAUCAUGAAUUAUUUCAUAGCAAUAAAGAUAGUUGACCAUUAAUUUAUAGAGUUUAACAACUUUUUUUAAUGUUCUUAGACUAAAAAAAAACUUAAUAUUAUGAAUUUAGAAAAAUUAACUUUUUAAAUUAUUUAAUAAAUUAUUUGUUUAAUGUAGUGUAUUAAUUGUUUAGAUG